AUGGCAAUGCAUUCAAAAACAUUUACAGCAAAAGUAUUUAUAAACGACACGGUUUGCUCCAUUAAAAAUGAAGAAAAAACUGGAAUUAUCACAAAAACUUGGCAUAAUUUCGAAGAUAUGCUUCAAGCAGCACCUGUUAAUAUUGUUAAAAAGUCACCAAAUGAUAUGAUGUCCGGUACAAUCACCAAUGUUAAUGCUAAAGUAGACAUUAGACAUAAUAUCUCAAAUCAGAUUAUUCGUAAUGUUGACACUAGACAUAUAACAUAUUGUUGGAAACUUAGAGAAGGAGAAUUCGUAAUUUAUAAUAAUUGGCUUGGAACAAUUGAAGAGGUUUUUGAUCAAAUUACUGUACAAUUUCAUGAUGGCAAUAGAUUUGCUGUUGGUGAGGUUGUAUGGGCACCUCCAAGAGAUUUUCAAAAUGGUCGAUACCUUAAAGGAAACUUUAGUUCAAAACAUCAAAAAGCAAUUGUAAUAGAUUCAAGUCCAUUCAAAGUUAAAAUACGGUGGAUUUCGCAAAACCCAAUGGUCGGAAAUGAAAAAACUCUUCAUGCUAGUCUACCACCAACAGAAUUGACAGAUUUAAAGAAUUUAAUACCAUUCAAACGUUAUUAUGAAAAUUCUACAUUUGAAUUAGGUGAUAAAGUGAUUUUUAAUACCCCGGAAGAUGCAAAAUUUUACAAUUUAAAUUACAAUGUGCCAGGCGAAAGCGCUGCCGACACAAAUUACACCAUCAAUUCCACAACUAAUUCCGUUGACGAAGCUGCCAAUUCCAUACUUAUCAAUACAAACACUGUUAACACUAAUUCCGUCAACACAAAAACUACCAAGACUACCGGUAAAUUCGAUUAUCCAGGGUUUAAUCUUGAUACAAUCAUGAAACUUACGACUUCUGUUGACGUUGAAUGGCAAGAUAUGAGCCAUUCUUGCGAUAUCUCUUCAAUUGAACUAAUACCUUAUUUAAAUGUGGAUGAUCAUGAUAUGUAUCCGUCAGAUUACGUGUUAAAGAAAAAUACAGAGUCUGGAGGUGAGGAACGAUUGGGUAUUGUACAAUCUGUUAAUGCUAUUGAUAGAACCGCAAAGAUUAGAUGGUUUCGUGAUAAUAUUGACAUGGAACUUGAGGAAACAGAAGAUGAAUUAAGUUUAUAUGAAUUAGUUGCACACCCAGAGUUACAAUAUGAAUUGGGUGAUAAGGUUCUUAUCAGGCCAAAAAAUUCAAAAACAAAUAUUUCUGAUUUAAAAAAAGCACCACCUUCUUCAAUGUUUUAUCAAACGAUUGAAGAAUUGGCUGAUGUAUUGUUCCACCGAACUUCAGAAAAUGUUAAUAAUGAAGUUUCACAAGAUUGGGUCGGAGAAGUGAUAGAAAGACGUCGAGAAGGUGGUGUGAUGGUGAUGUUGCUAACUAAUGAUAGUGAUGAAUGGAGAACUGCAACUGAAGAUGAGGAUGAGGACGAGGAUGAAAAAGAAAUUAAAGCUAACUCCAAUUAUUAUAGCAAUCGAUUUGCACCAUUGAUGAAUUAUAAAUCUAUAGAGGAAGAGGAGGAAAUUAUUGAUGAUGAAAUGGAAGACGAUGAUAUGGAAGAGAAGAAGUUAGAAGAGAAAAUGAAUGGGAGGAGGCAGGAGGAUAAACUGAAAACAAUUAAGGACGAAGAAGGUACUACAAUAUCAAAGAUUGGAACUAACGAAAUAGCUAUGGAUGAUGAUACUAAAUCCAAAGAAACUUUAGUAGUAAACCCUAAAAAUGAAGAAAUUUCAACACAUAGUACUAUUAUUGAUAAAACAAUGACGGAAGAGAAAUCAGAAUGUUCCAGUGACAUGUAUGGAAAAGGAUCUAAUUUUGUUAUGUUAGAUGAGGCACCAAGUGAUCAUAUUUUCAUUGGAAAGAUGGUUGAAAGUCAAUCAAGUUUUUAUAUUCAAAGAGUGUUAAAAGAGCAUCGUAUACUAAAUGGCAUUUUAGUAAAAGCAUUUUCUGAUCGUUUGGAUCUUCUUCGAGUUUUGAUAUUUGGACCACAAGAAACACCAUACGAAGAUGCGCCAUUUUUAUUUGAUUUUUCAUUUCCAAAUAAUUUUCCUAACGAACCACCUGUUGCACAUUUUCAUUCGUGGACUGGUGGCAUAGGAAGAAUAAAUCCAAAUUUAUACGAAGAAGGCAAAGUUUGUUUAAGUUUAUUAAAUACAUGGACAGGAAAAGAUGAAACAGAAAUGUGGACGCCGUUAUCGUCAAUGUUACAACUUUUAAUUUCAUUACAAGCAUUAGUACUUAAUCAAUCGCCAUGGUAUAACGAGGCAGGAUUUGAUAAGUUUGUUGGAUCAGAAGAAGCAAUUGCAUCUUCAGCUUUAUAUAACGAGAGAGCGUAUCUGUUAAGUUUAAGGGCUAUAUCAUUUGUUUUAAAAAAUACGCCAAAAGGUUUAGAAGAAGAUCUUGAAGAGUUUUAUAUUAGACGUGGUAUUCUUAAAAAGGUCAUAGGAAAAGCCUACAAAAUAAUCAAUAAAACGACAACAUCUACAACAGCCGCAAUAACGACUAAUGGCAAUGAAGAAGAUUUACCAGUUUCAAAAAUUUCUAAAGGUGCUAUAAAAUUGCUAACAGGAAUAAUCAACAAUCUACAUGAUCAUUUAAAGCAACAAAAAGAAGAUAUAAAUAAUGUUACAUAG